GGCACUCCCCUUGCUGCUUCCUGUGAUUGGUUCGUCUGCACAUAGAUAGGAAGUCAACUGCAGUGUAGGACACUUAUCUGUGACAUUCCAGAGGAGAAAUUUACCGGAGGCGGAAAUUUGUUCCACUUACAGCGAGGGACAACCCUGUCUUGCCAGUUGUAGUGUUUUAGUGUGUCUCCCAGGACACACUAUUUUUACAAUAGUGGCAACAGGCAGAAUCACAUGGAUGUCUACACAUUUCCUAGAGGCACAUGUGGACAAGUUUCAGAACCUGAGAUGUAUAGGAAUUACUCCUAAGGAUCUGGCUGUAGAUGACUUUCAAGACUGACAGCCUCUGCUGUUCUUUGAGGACUUUUUGAACGGCUGUGGGUAACCUCCUGGUCUGUCAAGUUUUACAGGAUUCUAAUCAGGAAAUUCGACACUGUCAAUUACACGCCAGUAGAGGGCACAGUUCAACAACAUACAGGGAGUAUCAUUAUUGCUCUGUUCACAAUAGUAAUACUGUUUAUUCUAGAGACCCUAUAACAAAUAAGUAGUUUUCCUCAUAGUACAUUAUAUUGUGUUUGUUGGGUUUUUUCACAUAAAUUAGCAUCAGUCUAAAAAUACUUGGAGAUAAUAUACAAAUUAAUAUAACAGUAUUGUAGACAUACUGAAACACACAUUAUUACACUUGAACCAGUCAUUAGAUAUUGGCUAACUUAAGUGGGAAAAUUAGAAAUGAUUAACUACAGGUGUGAGGCUCAACCUGAUCAGCUGACUUGAACAAGGAAGCUGCUCAAAGAAAAUAAAAAACUUGUCUGGUUGGUCUUGUGUGUGGACAACCUUUGACUUGCAAAGAGAAAUGCAGGUAGCAGAGCUUUACCAGAGCUGUUCAGUACACAGUAAUCACUUUUAGGGAAGGGGUAGCAAAAAUGCUGAAAAAACUCUUCAAUGCCCUGGCACUUUUUGCUUUCCUCAGCCUGGCAUGUUAUGUUGUAUUUUUGUUAUACAACAAAAACAGCACUAUAACUUACAUUAUUAAGCCGUAUCAUGUGGCAAAUGGAAAUAACGCCGCUUUUUGGAAGAUAGAAAAAUAUGAAAUUGAGACUGAAGCCACAAAUGUCAGCCAAGAGAAGACACAGACGACUACGACCACCACUACAAGAAAACCUUUGGAUCCCUGCCCUGACAACCCGCCAAAUCUUAUUGGGCCUCUCGCUGUGGACUUUAAUUAUACACUGAAUUUGGAUAGGGUGAGAACAGAUGUCAGUUCUUCCCUUCAGGAUGGAGGACGGUAUAAGCCACCAGACUGUAUCGCCAAACAAAAGGUGGCAAUCAUCAUCCCAUUCCGAAAUCGGCACGAGCACCUGAAAUACUGGAUGUACUACCUCCAUCCUAUAUUGAUGCGACAGCAGUUGGACUACGGUGUAUAUGUCAUCAACCAGGAUGGAGAGGGAGUGUUCAACCGGGCUAAACUAAUGAAUGUAGGCUAUGCUGAGGCACUGAAGGACUAUAAUUAUGAAUGCUUUGUCUUCUCUGACAUCGACCUGGUUCCCAUAGAUGACCGUAACCUUUAUAGAUGUUUUGACAAUCCCAGACACCUGGCUGUGGCUAUGGACAAAUUUAACUUCCAGUUACCCUAUAACACCUAUUUUGGUGGGGUUUCCUCAUUGUCCAAGGACCAGUACUUAAAGAUUAAUGGCUUCCCGAAUGCUUACUGGGGCUGGGGCGGUGAGGACGAUGAUAUCUAUAAGCGAAUUAUCUUCCGUGGAAUGUCCAUUUCUCGGCCCAACUUGGUGUUGGGAAGGUACAAAAUGAUCAAACAUAAAAGAGACUUGCACAAUGAGGCUAAUCCAAAGAAUCCUGACAAACUGGGCAAAACCCAGUGGACCAUGGAUAAAGAUGGGAUUAAUUCCCUCCAAUACACAGUCAAGGAGAUUGUGAGGGAUAUACUGUACACUUGGAUCACUGUGGAUAUUCAAGCUCCAGAAAAUUGAAUGACGAUGGAACCUGUGGAUCCUGGACUGGUGUUGACUUUUGAAUCACUGGCAUUUCAGACACAGGAUUCAGACUAAAAGUGGGUGGUACUCAGCGUAUUCUGUGUGGAGUCGGUUUAUGCUGUUAAAACCCAGUCCCUGAAAUGGGUCUUAAUUAACCUAUAGCAGAUGUAUGUCUUGUAGGUGCGGGGUUUUGUGUGCAAACCUGUGGGUGUGAAACGAAGUUAGGUUAAGGUUAGGGUUGAAUAGAAGAAUGAAUAGAAGUCAGUGUAAUGUCCUAUCAAUGAUAAAUGCAUAAGUGUGUGUGUGUGUGCGCGUGCAUCCGAGAGUAUAGAGUGAAUGUAAACUUUAUGAAGUUCAGGGAUUCUUUUCAGUUUUAGUUCAUUACUUGCUAUGCCAUGCUAUAGAAUGUGAAAUAAUGCAUUUACACUGAUAGUCAAUAAUAACGCGUCGCCUUUAAGAUUUGAAGAUAUUUAACCAUAUGUCUUCUUGAUGAACAAUGGCAUGAUUUUGACUUUUGAUGAACACAAAAUCAAAUGAGAUCCACUGGUUUGAGUAUUCAGACUAUUGGGCCUAGACUUAAUGGCAACAACUGAAUGCAAUAUACAUCACAAAAUGCCCAGGCUUAAUUAUAAUAAGGUCAUGUGUGUUCACUGACUGUCAGUGUAUUUGUAAUUUUCUUACAUUUGUCAUUCUUUCACUGAAAAAGUCUGCUCAUGGGGACUGAAGGAUUUGGAAAGAUUGUGGUUUGUAUUGGUUAACACAAGACAUUUUUGGGAAGGUUGCACAAUGCCAGAAGAGUUUUUGUGUAUUGCAAGGGCAAAUAUCACCCCUGAAAUGGAUGACACACUGAGGCCAGACAGGAGCUGGUUUUAUAUUUAGAUUAAUUUUGCUCUUAAAUCAGUUGAAUGUAAAUUAGGCAGUUUUACAAAUAUAAAGACUGACUUAUUUUAAGUCUAAAAAGUUACCACCCCUACACCCAACUCAGAAAUACGAGCCGUGUUUUCAUGAUGACAAUCAGUGACAGCUGUUGAACAGUGGUAGGAAGACAUGGUUCACAGUUAGCGGUCUGUUAACAAUGUUGUGGAACAACAAAUGACAAGCAGACUGCAGAAUCUUUUAGUAUACAGCAGCGGGGACCUUGUCUGUAAUUUGCAUUUGUUAAAGGAAGGAGCCUGACCGACAAGUUAGCAGAAGUAUUGAGCCCUGCCAUAUAAAAAAGCCACAGCAUCUAAGCUUUGCUACAGGUUUGCCUUGCGUUGAGUUUAUUUUAUUUAAGUUUAUUUUACAAUACUGCAAGGUUUUUGUAUUGUUACAAGCUGGAUUUUCCCAGUUAAAUGUCCUGUAGCUGUUCAAUUCUUAUAGAAGGCAAACAUUUUCUGCCAGAGUCAGCAGAGAUGAAUGCAGGCGUGGUGUGGCGCAGUCAACCAUUUAUUUUAGUUUGAAAAAAAUAUUAAAAUUAGGCUUACUUAAAAAAAAAGUCAAUAACUAGGCCUAACUGAUGAAUUUAGACUUCUAUCUAGUGAAGCCUAGUUUGGAUUGAAAGUCUAUUUUUGUGAAACCUCCCCCAGGAGUGUUGGGAUGGGCAGUGAGAUGGUGAAGGGUUUGACAUUUAUACAAUAUACAGUUCUUCAUUUGCAUGAUUUCAUUAUGUUGAUACAUUUGUCUUUACUGUACCAUGCAAUUCUGUACAUGCAAUAACGUUUUUUUUUUUUGUAUUUGACAUUGCUGUUACUGUAGGUUCUCACUGCUCACUGUGAACAUGGGACAUUUUGUACCGUAAAGGUGCACAAUGAGAGUGAAAACCUGCAAAUACACUUCUUUUAAGUUGCUGUCUGUUAACAUUACUACUUUGUGACACGACUUCUUAGACUUUUGACCAUUCUGGGUUCAGAAUGAUAAAAAUUGGAUGGUAAUGUGAUAGUGGCAGUGAAGCUCUGGGUCAUGUAAUGUUUCAUUAAGUUUUAUUGUAUUUUUUUGUUUGUUUUUGAUUUGUUGUUGUUUUUUCAGUUUUGACUUAUUUAUGGGCUUUUGCAAUGAUGUAGUGUUCUGCACAGUCCAAACUGAUGACUGUACCUAUGUUUUGACAGAACUUACCAGUGAACAUUAAAAAAUAAAUUAAAAUUAUGAUAAUCACUCUCUGAAUGAGUAAUAAACUACUUUAAUUUGUGCA